GUGUGGGACGAGGCCAAGCGACUCCGCUGCGAGUGGUACAACGACUACGAGAAGACGGCCAGCAAGCCGCCCAUGAAGAUCGCGGACCUCGAGGUGGUCGAACUCAACUUCAGAGGUGACAACGUAGACUGUUGGAUGGAGAUACAGGACGGCAAGGGUCCCUGGGCCUCGCCCAUCACGGGCAUCGUCCCACUGGGCUCCACCCUCACCAUGGUCAUCGCUAUCAACGACCAGGCAGGAGAGUUUGACAUGCGGGUGACUUCAUGCGAGGCAUCUGACGGGGUCAACUCGCCCAUCUACCUGAGUGAUCAGUACGGCUGCGUCCUGCGUCCCAAGAUGAUCUCCAAAUUCCUGAAGCUUCGCAACAACGAUGGCCGGGCCACUGUCCUCACCUACGCCCAGUUCCACGCCUUCAAGUUCCCCGACUCUAUGGCCGUUCAUUUACGCUGUAAAGUUGAGAUUUGUCGUUUUGGCUGCCCAGACCAUUGUCAGAGACCGACUGCGGGUAAUCCACUCGGAGACUACAGUCGUCAGGCCCUGCCACGGCAGCCCAGUGACUCCUAUGGUUCUCCAGCAGAGCCCGCUGCCCAAUACCAGGAGCCUCCCAACAAUGUCGACGUCUCUAGUUUUGCCGAUAAGAAAGACGACGAGGCGCCCAGACCUCAACAAUCCUCCCUCGACUCCAUGGCAAAUAAGAACAAGGUACCCAAAGGUCCUCUUGUCAUUCCGGAUGAGCAAUCCGCCCAGAUAUAUCUUGAUGGCACGCCACUCCAGGGCAGUGAAACAAUUGAACUCCCCAACUACAAGGAAGAUUUCCCCUGGGGUCCGAGAAACCUUCGCCGUCGACGCCGCGAUGUGGUUUUGGACCGUCAUUCUCGUGCCACUAAUAUUGGCGUCUCCUCCGACUAUCAGGUCAUCUCGGAGGCUGAUCUAGAAUUCACUCCUGCGCUGGAUGACCGCGUCACCGUCUUCAAGGGCCACCGUGAGGAUGUUGUGUAUGGAGUGUGUUUGCCAGCACCAGGAUUCUCGGCGCUGUUUGUGCUUUUGGCUAUGUGUACCGUCAUCUCUGUGCUGGUGGCCGGCUUCAUGUGCCACCACCGACAGCUGCAGAAAGACACUACGGAGUCUCCUGCUGCACCACACCCCAACCAGCAGAUCAUCAGCAUGGUACAGUUUCUGCGAGGCCACCUCCCGGGCCAUGUUCAGUGAUAGCGGGCUCACCAGGACAAAACAGCUCAAGUCUCGAUUCUCCCAACUUCUGCUACCACUUAACAGGACUGCCAUAACAAUGUGACCGGUGCGUCCUUGUUGUAUAAUUAUUUAUUACUGAGAGGCAUUAGUGAAGUACAGGAAAAGGACCAAUGAUAUAAAAAAAAACACUUGUUCGCAGAACCCAAGAAGAAAGCUGGUACUGGAGACAAUUUUUAAAUAACAAGGAGGUACAGGAGAAAGCUUCCAUCUCUGUUAAACGAAACUGUUUCCAGAACAUGUGCUUGCACAGGAAACUACUGAAAGAACCAAAUUUACUACCAGCCUGUCAGUUUCUGGUCCUUUUCAUCCCAGAAAGAACCACCAGUGCCCACCGCUCCUCCCACGACAGUCCAAAUGUUGUAUAUACACAUCCUGAAACUAUUCCUUUCCUGAGGCUAAAUGGGUCAUGUAAACAGACCUAACCUGCUAUUUUGAAGUCAAGUUAAACUUAAGUGUGAGAAUUCUGCCAAAUUAAAAAUAUGAUCGUUUUAAUGUAUACAGUCGACCCAUUUAGUCCAUGUGCACAGCUAAAGUGAGAGCAACAAAGGGUGGUGUUACUCAAAUUAGCUUGCAUUAUAACUACAUCAUGACACCUGCCCAGUCACUGUAGAGCUCCUAGGCGACGCCCCAGUUACCGGGGCGUGGACGCUCGGGAUCCGGGAAGGUUUUUGGGAACUUGUGUGUGUGUCUGCAGGAGGCUGACGGAGCCACCCCUUACACCAUCACACUUCCAUUUAUGAAAUUAGACGGUCGAGGCUAUUGGAAUAAUUUUUGGCUGGUAACAUAUUAGUUAAGGCGUGGGCACUGGCCGUCUGUUGGGGUCUUUAACGCCUGCUUAAAGAGAGUGAGUGAGUCUUAUUUUCUCUAAGACUCAUGUUCUUAGAUAAGACAAUCUUUUAGCUUGAGUCCUGUCUCCGGGUCACUUGAUAAUAAUCAAGCCAGUAAGAGGAUUUAAUUAAUUUAAAGUUAUUAGACAUUUGUGGCUGCUCUCGUCUGUAUUGACAGAGACAACGAGUGCACGAAGCAAGUGUUCUGUGUUCCCUCGAACGUCCUACGGUCUGCUGAAGCCAGCGACCCAACUUCUUCCCUGCUCUGCUCUCCAGCGUGUUGGUAAGCAAGUACCGUAAACGUCUUCCUCACAGCACGCGAUGAACCGCACUUGUCUCCUCGCACCUGGUCUGGUAAGAGCAGCUGUGAUUGUUCUCAUGCUUGUUGGAGCACCUGGAACUGCAGGGAUGCUUACUGACACCAGAUGUCGUCUCCAGGACAUCAUGAAGCAUAGUGGUGUGGCGGCCUCUGGUGACCCGGAGCGCAGGUGCCUCAACAAAUGAACGUUGCGAAUGAAUGUUAAUUUAUAUGAAUGUCAUGAUUUGUGUGUGUGUGUGGGGCGGGUGGGGAGCGGGUAGGUUAGGUUCGUACUGUGUUAAUAUUAGGUUAAGGCCUCAUCCGUCACCUCUCAUCCGAUGUUCUUCUGGUUAAUUAGCUGUUUAGGGCGUGUGCACAAGCACCUUUGUCAUACUUUAUAGUUUAUCCUUUGUCAUGCAGAUGGCCGUAUCUACUGCUGGUCCUGACGACGAGGCAGUGGGUGCUCCCCAGGGGUACGGUGUUGGCUUCCCGCCUCCUGAUAAAUAGUAGUGGAUGUUGUUCUCCGUCCCUGUUUACCGCUCAAAUGCUCAGUUUCCUACUAUCAUGCUCAGAGUGUCCUGGUCUCAUCCUCAGAGUGUCCUGGUCUCAUGCUCAGAGUUAGAAUGGAAGAAAAUGCACAACGAUUUCGAGUAAUAUUCUUCAUCUUAGCUCUCAGGAUCGCCCCACAGCCUCUCCUUUUCUCUCUACACGUUGUGGGAAACAGGACAUGAAAAUUACCAUUUAUCUUCCAGUCGCAAUGAAUUAAUUUGCUCAUUUACAUGGUUCCCUUAUAACACUUUCUCCGAAAACUUCCUUUGACAUUUUUCCAUCAUUGCAGAUUUAUUCAGGAAGUGUAAGUUUGACUUCUGGAAAUACAUUAUAUUACCAUUGUUUUGUAUUGUAUUAUUACAUUGUAUUGAAGGAAAUACAUUACCUUCUGGAAAGAUUGUAUUAUCUGAUAUUAUGAAGUUUUGAUGCAAGGUGAAUGAUCACAUUAGGCUGUCACCCCCUCAGCAAUGUGCCUUCACUCUCCAUCCAGCCCGUCCUCCUAAGGUUUCCAAUUGUCAAGAAACUGUCAUACUACAGUGCCUUUAUCCUAACUUACCAGAGGACCCAAAACAGAAAAUGGGACAGUAUGUCACUUUCGCGGGCCGCUACCAUUUUCUAGUACGACAAUUUGUUGGCCUUAGGUAGAGUAUACGUCAAAAUGCGACGUUCUAUUAGGAAGAAUGGUUGCCCCAGCACCGCCAGGCCAUGCGCAUGCGCCAAGAAGGCCAACUUGUCUGGUCCAUUGUAAUUUGACUUUUACCCGUUGAUUUUUUGUUCCAAGUAUUGUCAGAUCAUCCUGCUAUUAUCAUUAUUGUUAUUAAUAUUAUUAUUAUCAUCAUCAUCAUCAUCAUUUAUACUGUUAAUGCCUAUAAAUGUAUUUAGUGACCAAACUCCAACACAUUUUCUUUCCCGUUGGGUCUGUUGUCGCUGUUUGAAUAAACUGUGACAGUUAUGUAGAUAAGUUUGAGAAUACCCACUUGUAAGGGGACGACGCCCGUUAUAUUUCCCGGUCGCCCCUAACCAGGGGCGAAGCUAUGUGCAUGUUUCAGCUAUUAAGCUACUAUAGCCUGGCCCAGCUGGGCUCUAACUGCCGGAGCGAGGCGCACAUCAACCACAGACUUGCCAUCAGCCAGUAGUUAGUCAAUUAUCAACAUGCUCAGUUUAAUUAGGGAUCCAAUUUAGUGUUCUGAAUUGUGUAAGUCGGGUGCACCUCUCAAUGAACACGGCACUCACGUGUGUUCUACGGGAGGCUGUGUCCUCUUGGGGGGCGGGGGUCUUGCGGGGAGAUGUGUCCUUUGGGGGGGCCGUGUCCUGCAGGAGGCUGUGUCCUCUUGGCAGGCAGUAUCCUGCGGGAGGCUGUCUUCUAGGGCACUGUGACCUCCAGGGCUCUGUGAUCUCCAGGGCUGUGUGACCUCCAGGGCUGUGUGACCUCCAGGGCUGUGUGACCUCCAAGGCUCUGUGAUCUCCAGGGCUCUGUGACCUCCAGGGCUCUGUGACCUCGCCCUGCGCAUCCUCCCUGACCCCGUCUCUCUACUUCCAUCAGAGCCAGGCGCUCUUAUACCUGUAUUUAUUGACUCACAACUAAUUGUUAUUUAAACUAAUAAAAGUGAAGGAAA